CAAGGGCUUGUGUUGUUCGCACAUUUCAGCUUCUCUGACCGUCAAGCAAACAGUUAAGCUCCACCAUCACGACCACUCAACCUUCUACACUCCACAUACCACCACAACGCCCUCCUGACCGCCCGAGAGACCAUCAAUAUGCCUGCGAUCAACAAAUCCAUCGUCGCACGCGACACCUUCGGCCACAUUGUCCGCCGUGAGAACUGGGCUCGCCAAGAAGCUGGUGUCGUCGUCGUGUUCUGCAUCGUUUUCGUCGUGGCUUGCGGCCUGAUUGGUUUAUGGAUAUCCAAGUGCCUCGCGAAGCGAAAAGCCCAGAAGGCCACUGUGCACGCAUAAAUGACCUGAACGAGAGUACGGGGGAAUAUGGGGGAUGAGGUUGCUACGGACGACGAAACGAGACAUCAUUGACGUGCUACCGAUUUCGAUUCGGCAAUACGUCUAUCCCUCACGGAUGCAAUUAUCAUCCAUGUUUAUAUACGAGAGGACCUAGGAAAUGUGGUUGGCGGUGGUUCAAAAGAACGUUAGCCAUGUUGCGCUUCACAUGUCUAGCAUGCCAUUUAUCGACAAUCUCUAGUUAAGAGAUGCCAGU